AUGCACGUGCUGGUGAUCGACGGGUUCGGAGACUCGCCCGAGAGCAGGAGGCGCUUCCAGAACUUCUACAACUCAGUGCUCAAGGCCUUUGACCUGAGCUGGCCUUACGGGAAGAGCGUCUACACGCGGCGGUACGACGACAUCGGAGACUAUCUGAACGAGAACAAGGACGGUUUCGUGCAGGUCUUCAGGUUGAUGCAGAUGUGUGCGCAAACUGGAAAAUGUUUCUUCGCCUCCUCAGCCUUUGCCGCGAUCGUCUUGUGUGCGAUCAACACGAGAGGGAUAGUAGAGAAGAUCGGCAGACUUCAUCCUUCUUACCCUGAAGGGGGCAAUGUUGAGAUCCUCAAUCGAGUGCGGCCAGCACACGACCAGCUCUUCCUCGAUGCGCAGACGGGGGACAUGUACAAGUUUGACGGCGACAGCGGUCAGUGGAAGAAGUCGUUCAACUGCGGUCUGAGGAGGAGGAGGCUGCAGACGAAUGCGAAGAGACUGCUGGGCAGGUGA